AUGAGCGGUCUGGCAAGUAAUAAUAAUAGUCCAAAUAAUCCUAAUAACCAACGAAAGCAGAGUAACGCUUCAGGUCUUAGCACUAUGUCGGAUGAGUUAACUCCUCGAAGUGCUAAGCGUGAAUUAGAAGACGACGACGAACUCGACUCCGAAAACGAGGAAACUACACCCAAAAGCGAAAAACGUGCCGGACGCCGUAAAAUAAAAAUUGAAUAUAUCGAUGACAAAAGUAGACGUCAUAUCACUUUUAGUAAACGAAAGGCUGGAAUAAUGAAGAAGGCAUACGAACUUAGUACCUUGACAGGAACACAAGUUCUACUUUUAGUGGUAUCUGAAACUGGUCUGGUAUAUACUUUUACCACUCCAAAACUUCAACCUCUCGUUACCAAACCUGAAGGGAAAAACCUUAUUCAAGCUUGUUUGAACGCUCCUGAUACUCCUUCUGGACAAGAGUCACCUAAUACG